UUUACAUGCAAUUUACAAAACUUCAUUUGGAAAAAAAGCCUUUGUAAAAUAAUGCUUCAAAACAAUAAUAAUAUCAUUAUUCUUUAUGGUUGAUCUGUUUUAAAAGAAAACUAUACUUUGGGCAGGUUUUUAGAAUGUAGAUUUCAAUGAAGCGGAAUGCUUUUGUAAACAAAUGAAAUCAAAGAUGGCAUCGCAAAAAUGUGUGGGGUUCCAAUUUUUCGAAAUUUUAUAAAAGAUCUGACAUUGGAUAAAAAUUUGUAAUGGUUAUAUUAUAAUUUUAACAAUUGUUACACUUAAAAAAUGGAGGGGACUUCAACACCAACUCGAGUCAGUGGAAAAUUGGAUAGUCUGCCGAAGGAAGAACUUCUUAAGUUUAUCAAGAAACAAGCGCUUGCCUCAAAAGAAUUGAAAAAGAAAGUUGAAGAUCUUAAUACUUCUUUGACAAGUGAGAAAGAAGAAGUUAUACGCCUUGAGAAAGAAAAAAAAGAAUGGAUUUCUCGUGGCGUGUCUGCAGAAUUUGAGAAAAAGGAUAAGAUUGUUAAGAAAGAUAAAGAGUUAGAGCUUGCAGCUCAGCUUGGUAAAGAAAUGCUUGCAGAGAACGAUGAUCUUCAGGUGGAAAUAGAGGAGAUGAAGCGUGAUCAUGAUGAAACAAUCCAGACAUUCGAAGAUGAACUUGACAAAGUGUUACAGGAAAAAGAGACCCUUGAAGCAACAUUAGAAGCAAUACAAGAGGAGUAUAAAUCAGCUAAAAAAGAAGCAGAGGAAUGCCGUAUAGCAUUAAAUACUGCAACAGAAAUACAAGAGAAAGACUCUAGUGUCUUGCUGAAGGAAAAUCAAGUGUUUCGUGAGAAAGUCAAGGAACUAGAGCAUCAAUUGAAUACAAGUACAGUUAAUCUGAAGUACCAUAAGUUAAAAGAAAAGUAUGACGAACUAAUCAAAGAGAAUAGAUUUAACAAGGAGGCAAAAGUUUCAGCUGAGGAGGAAAGCAAAUCAAAGUCUGAACGCAUGGUGAUUCUUGAUAAAGAUAUGAAAAUAUUACGUAAAGAUAUUGCGGAGCACCAAAGACAGAAGAAAGCAGAUUUGCUAGAGAUUGACUCUCUUCGAGAAGCUAACGCGGAAUUGACAUCAUCUUUAUAUGCUUCGAACGACAAAAUUAAGGAACUUAAUGCUUACGUUGACAUGGUUGUGACGGAAAGAAACGAAAACGCAUUUUACACAAAGGAGCUUGAUGAAGAGUUGCAAAAAAUAAAAGCUGACAAAGACAAGCAAACAAAAACUCUACGGAACAUGAAAACAAAACUUGAGAGAGCAACACAAAUGGAAGAAGAGCUUAAAAAGCAACUCAAUAUCAUUGUUAGUGAAAGAGAUGAAAUUUCGAAGAAACUACAAAAGAAAAAUCAGCAAAAAACUAGGGGAAAAGGCAAGUCACCAAGAGAAGAUGAACUCGAAAAAGAGGUUCUUGCUAAAGUUGAUCUUGUAAAGGAGCUGGAAAAUCAGUUAUCUGUACUGGAGAGUGAAAAUUCUGAAUUUCAAAAAAGUAAUGAUAUAUUUCGAGAAAACAACACUGAGAUCCAUGAACGAUACGAGAAUGUUAAAAAAGAUUUUGAAAGUUUAAGCUUUGAAAUUGAUGAGUUGACAGUUUGGAAAAAUAACCAGAUUGAAGAAAAAGAAAAAAUGAAUCUUGAAAACGAAAACUUAAUAGAAAAAUGCAAAAAACUUGAAGAAGAUUUGCAUUCAUUGCAAAUUGAAAAAGAAAAUAUAGUUUCGCAACAUUCAGUCCUUGAUGCAGAUCUGAAAUCUAUGAAAGAGAAAUUAAAGAAAAGUACAGAUCACACAGCACAAGAAAAAGAAAAACUUCAAGUAAAAAUAAGACAACAUGAAGACGAGAAGAAAAAAUUGUCAAAAUUAAAGAAUAAGAGGGCAGCAGCACAUCAAAAAUCAUCGCCAUCAAAAACUUUGAAGACUGUCGAUAAAAGUACACAGAAUACAGACGAAUCAGAGGAAACCAAGGCUACAAUAUUGAAAUUAGAAGCACGUGUUGAUGAAUUGUUGAAUCAGCUGCAGUUGUUAAAUGAAGAAAAACAUAACCAGGAAAUAGAACUGGAAGAGCUUUUCACAUCACAUGAUGACUUGCAAAAUAAAUAUGAUUUCGAGUGUCAGGAAAGAGAGCGAAUGGAGAAUGAAGUACAUUGCCUUGAAGAAAAGGUAGCAAAACUUGAAAGUGAUACAAAAGAUGGAAAAGAAACGGGCUCUGAUGAUCUAAAUCUUCAAAUUACACAUCUUGAGGAAACUGUAGGUGAAUUACGAAAACAGAGCAAUCACUAUAAGCAAGAGGUCGAGGUGAAAGAGCAGUAUAUUGUUCAGUUGCGGAAGGAAAUUGAAGAGCUACAACAAAAGCAAAACGAGGUAAAUGCGGCCAACAAUAAAGAAGUUGAUAAUAUAUACCAUGAGUUUGAACAUUUGGAUAAAGAGUUAUCUGCGUCAAAAAAAGAAUUGGAAGUGUUGCAUCAAGAAAAGGAGAAUUCUACCGCUGUAUUGCUGAAUAUGGAGAGUGAAAAAAAGAAACUAGUUGAAACUUUGUCAAUAACUUCACAAAAACUUCUGGAGGUAAAAAAGUCUUUCGACCUACAAACUCAAGAGAUUGUUCUAUUAAAAAAAACCAUUGAAAAUCUGAAUGAUAAAGAAGAGACGCAAGUAGAUUCCAGUGACUCUCAAAAGGAAUUAUUAAGGUCUGAAGUGAAAGAACUAACUGAGAAACUUCAAUUGUACAAUGAACUAGUCAGUAAAAACAAAGCACAGUGUGAUGAAAUAAAAAGCUUACAAAUGGACUUACAAUAUUACGAUAGUGAGUACAAAAAAGUGUCAACUGAUAACACACAUCUUAAAGAAAGUUUUGAACGUAUCAUAUCACUGAAGACUGAACUGCAGACGAAACUUAGUGAAUUAAACGUAAAAUUUCGUGCAAACGAAGAAGAGAAUUCUCUAAAUAAAACAAUUUUAAAAAAAGUAAUGGAGAAAGUUCAAUGCAAUGAUAUUUUAGACUUGGAAAAUUGUAUUGAUACUUUGCAACAGAAAGGUGAUGUGUUUACGACUAAGGAGUACGAAAGCCUUAAGCAAGAAUUAGAAGCAAUCCAGUCAGAGAAAAAUACUUUGAUUGCAACAUUAAAAGAAGCAGAAGAAGGUAUUCAUAAACAAAAUGAAUUGAUUAAAGAAAAAGAAGUAGUUUUUGAACAAGUGCACAAUGAUUUUUUAUCUCUGCGUAGCGAAUUUGAUGUGUUAAAUAAGCAGAAGGUUGAAUUUGAACAAAAUGUUGUCUCCACACAGGAACUUUUAACUCAAAAAAAUAUUGUUAUUGAAGAAUUAAAAACAAACAUUGCAAAUCUGGAAGAAGACAUGGAGAAGUCGUCAGUGGUGAACAAUAAAUUGCAAACCUUACAUGAAGAAAUAAAGUACAAGGAUAUUCUCAUUUCAGAUCUUACUGCAGAAGUUAAUGAACUGGGUAAUGAAAAAGUAAAGGUGAAGGAAAGUAAAAAUCUUUCCACCAGUUGCUUAUCUAGUUAUACACAAACUGAACAAGAAAUUUUAAAUCUUGAUUCUAAUUUCACUCAGACUGAUGCCGUUAUUUCAAGCGAUAAUGCUGAUGAUAAAUUGACAGAAGAAAAAACAGAGAAAAUGAGUCACCUUCAAAAGGAGGUCAAAAAUUUGAAACAGAUCAUCAAAGAUAUACAAGUGGAUUCUGUCAAUAUGAAAACGUCUGAGGAGAAUUACUUAAAUGAGUUGCGCGAGAAGCAAGCUAUCAUAGACAGAAUGAAUAUGGAAGUUGAGUCACUACAACUCUCUAUUACUGAAAACGUGCAGAAAGUGAAUGAGAGUGACAUGCAUACCGAACAGAUUCAGAUGGAAUUAGCUAAAAGAAGCGCUAAAUACGAUGAUUUAGUUAAAACUUUGUCUUUUGCACAAGAUGCUGUCAAAGAGUUAGAAGAUUCUUUGACUGAAAAAGAUGAAGUGAUAAAGAAGAACGCUAGAGAGUUUGUUGAAAGUGAUAAUAAAAUGAAAGAAGAGCUGUUGGAAAUGUCUGAAAAUCUAUCACUCAUGGAAACUGAAAACAAAGGUUUAACAGAUGAAUUAAAUCGUAGAGAAGCCCAAUGUAGUCACUUUGAAGCUCUUGUUGAAGAGAAGCAGCAGUUAGUACAGUCGUUGAAAGAGUCGCUUAAUCAGCAAAAUGAUGGUAAUGACGGUAAGGUCAUUGCAGAAUUUGAACAAUAUAAAAUUAGCUAUCAAAAGUUAGAGGAUGAAUUGCAGUCGGCCUUAAACAGAAUUGAGGAAUUGGAACAGAAAUUAAAGGAAAGAUAUGAAACAACAGAACAACUUGAAUUGCUUGUGAAGGAGAAAGGAGAAAAAGGAAACAAAUUUCGAAAUGUGGCGAUAAAAGCUAAAAAAGAGCUGGAAGGUCUACGUACGCAGUAUGAAGUUGAGAAGCGAACUUUGGAAGAACAAGUUAAAUUGUUGUUGGAAGAAGGAAAAACAAUGAAAAACGAGCUUGUGCAGCAAAAAACUGAAUGUGGGAAACACGAAGAAGAGUUUGAAGAAAUGCAGAAUGAGAUCAAAUCCCUGCAACAGCAAAUCAGUGUUGAAAAGGAGAAAACGUUAAAGGUUGAUCAAGAGAAGGAUGUUUUGAAUAUUAAACUCGAGCAGAUGGCAGUUAGUUUCAGUGCCAAUGAAAAUAAAAUUGAAAAUCUGACUUUGGAGAUUGCUGAAAAUGAUGUCGAAAAAGGAAAAUUAGAGUCAGCUAUGACGGAAAUGGAAGAAAAAUUAAAGAAGAGCGAAGAAAUGCUGAAAUUGAAAAAUGAAGAGCUCGAUAAGCUAAAAACAGAGUAUGAAACCCUCCAAAAGAAUCUUGGGCAUGCUGAAAAGGAAACACAACAGAUGAAUGUGAUGAAUCUUGAAAUAAAAGAUUACUUGCGCACUAUUGACAAUUUGCAAGCAAAAUCUCAAGAGAAGGAAAAAUUAUUAAAUGAAUCACAAGAAAUUAUAUCUAACUUAAAAGAACAGCAAAAUAAUUUAACCACUGAACUUGACUUAUUGAAAAAAGUCCGAAAUGAUCAAGAAGAGCGCAAUCGUAAAUUGAAACAAUUCAUAGUAAAAUUGAAAAAAGAAGUUGCUGAUGGAAAAAUGGAAAACGCAUCAAAAGGGAAGGAACAAGCUGAGUUACUUUGUACAACAGAAGCGUUGAAACACAAUAUUGACGAACUUAAGUUGGAGGUAUCCAAUUUGUUAAAAGAAAAGAACGUUCUGACGGAACAGCUCAAGUCUGCGCACGAGUCACACGAAAAAAUGCGCCAAACUUUGGAGGUUAAAUUUGCACGUGUAAACAGUGACUUAUCAUCUUCGCAAAGAGUGUACAAAGAGCUUCAGGAGGAAUAUGAAAAUUAUAAAGUUCGCGCACACAAUGUUCUGAAACAACAAAAAUCGUUAAAGGUCGAUUCUGAAAAAGAGAUUGAUAAUAUUGAAAGAGCACGUUUGGAGGACAUGGCAGAACAGCUAAAGUUAAAGCUUCAAGAGACGGCUCAAAGGUUAAACGUGUUGCAAAGUGAUCAUGGGGAGCUGGAACUAGAAUACGAACGUUUGCAAACGAGACAUAAACAAUUUGUUGAAGAGAUUACAGAGAAAGAAACAGGCUGGAAACAAAGAUUCGAACAAUUCAAAAUUGACAAGACGACCAAAAUAUUGGAAUAUGAGGACAAAAUUAAAUUGCUGACGAAAGAAAACGAAGCUCUUCUGCGAUCUGCAAAAGAAAACUCGGAAAUGAUGAAAGCCGAUGAAGAAAAUUACACAAAAGAGAUUUCUUCACUUAAAGAAGAAUUAAAAAAACUGCAAGAGCAAACAAGAAGUCAUACUCCACCGCGGAGACUCGAUCUCCAGAAACAAGAUUCAGUCGAAUCAAAGAGUGAAAGUCACAUGUCACUUAGUUUUAAGUCCGUGUUGGAGAGACAAGAAGGAGAGGGAAUGGAUCAAAAGGAACUUGAAUUAAUCGAUACAUUAAGUCAGCGUUCUCCUUCAUCCGUUCCGCACACACCUUUAUCACCAUCAGCCUCAUCUGUGUUGGAGAAGAUCCUAUCUCCUAGCGAACAGUACUUAGCAUCUCCACAAACUCCAGGUACAAUGAGAGAAGAAUUGUUUACUCUAAGAUCAUCUUUAUCAACAUCGCUAAAGAAAAACGAACAUUUAACCGCACUUUUACGGGACUGCGAGGCAAAUGCAAGUAGACUGGAUGAGCAAGCUAAAGUCUUAAAAGACGAAAUAAGAAGACUUGAACGUAAUGAACAGCGUGAGCAAGCACUCUCGAAUUUGGAAUACUUAAAGAAUGUAAUUAUUAAAUUCUUAAAAGUUGGAGUUGUAGAGCGACAACAGUUGAUCCCGGUCAUCUGCACCAUGUUAAAAUUGAGUAGCGAAGAAAAGAUAUUUAUUACAGAGUUCGCCAAAGGAGAUGAAGCUGACACAUCUGACGACAGUUCUUGGUCGAGUUAUGUGUAUCGCUGGACGUCACUAUCGUGAUUAGUUGACGGCGUCGUAUUUUGAACCAAGUUAUCGCCAAAUGAUUUGAUCAUCUUUAGUAAAACGGUGCCGUUCUUGAACAUUAUUAAGUUUUGUUGGUAUCAGUGACUGUCGUAAAUAUGGCACAUCAAAGAGGGUAAAGUCACACUAUCAGUUGUCAAUGGUUACCGUGACGACACUAUGAAUAACGCAAAAGUCGUGAUGUUUUGUGAAUAUCGAUACUAAUCUUUCUGUCGGAAGACGUUAAAAUUUAUUUAUUUAUGUAUUUAUUGACAGGGAUUUAGUAUUUUUUUCACGACAUUUUUUUGAUAGAGUAGAUCUUCUGUUAUUUUACGAAAAAAUUUUCUAGCAAAUGCAUAAAAAGGAAAAUUUAUAAUUUUUCUAGUAUGCCUUUUCUUUUAAAAACAAUUUACUAUCUGAACCGGACAAAAUAAUAAAGUUUAGUUUGGCACAGUGAGACAGGUUGGGGUAAUUAAGACUAAUAUGGGUGAUUACCUGUUUGAACACGGCUUUUUAUUUCAAGAAGCUUUGCCACAAAGUAAAACAUAAUUCUUCUCUUUUUUGAAACUUAUUUGUACCUGUCCACAAAAAUUUUAUCAUCAGAAUAUUUUUCCGCUGUCAAGGAAUAAAAAAAAAUUGGAAAUUUUGUUUUCUGUUUUGUUAUUGCAGUAGACAUCCAGCUUGUGUAGUAUCGCUUCACCUUGAAUCUUUUAAUAGGAAUCUGGUUCAUAGGAAGCGUAAUUCGAACCGGUAUGAAGUUUCGUCUGGACUUAAAAUACAUUUUGUAUAGAUUUAUAACAAAUUUGUAAUUGAUAGUACAAGUUUUGGGAAUGCAAAGUAUACGCUCUAAUUCUUCGUGAGUAAAAACUAUAGAGACACAAAAUAAUGUAUUUUUAGAGUAUAUUUUCUAAGCAAAUUAAAUUUAGAAUAAAAUUUAGUAUUACACGUG